AAGACCCUUAAGGGACAAUGUGGUAAGUUGAAAUUCAAACUCUUUAAUGUCAAACAAAGCAUGUCAACACCUACAUUAAGACCUACUUUGUUAUGCAAACACUUCUGAAUAAAAUGCGAAUUGUAAAGAAAGUGGCAUAAUCGGAAAAACUAUCAUAUAAGUUAAGAUAAGUAGGUAAUUAAUCCGCCCAUAAUUUAAAAUGUAUACUUUUGUUUUUUUUUUCACCGGCAAGUCCAUAUAGCCUCAAAAAGUUCCACAUCCAAGCUCCGCCCCUCGGUACCGCCCCUUGCGUACGCGCACCCGUAUCGCAUUCAGUUACUGAAGUCCGGUCGCGCUUUCAGGACCUGAACUUUUAAACUCUGUCAAAAGACAACGCAUUUUACAAUGUCGAAAAAAAAUGAACCAUUUUUAGUAUGUUAAAUAGAGUUAACGCAAGGUAGAAAACUAAUUAGGGAAUUAAUUAAUGAAGUUUUAAUUCAGUGUCAACUAAAACCGAGAUUAGGAACUGCAAAGGCAGUUUAAUAAGAAUAGAUAAAAGUCAAAAUACGCCAUGUAACAUCAACGUAAUCCUUGUACUUAUUUAUAAGUGUGAGGUCUUAACCAAAAUUUUUACAGACCAUUGCAAUACGAAAACAAAAAAAAAGUGAAUUGUCUCAAGCGGAUAUAUACUUAAUAGAUAUUGUAUAAAUAUCAUCAUAAUGGAGUACAUACGUUCGAACUUCAUAUUAGAAGAAGAGGAGAAAUACCAUCAGCAAAUUUACGACCAGCCACACUUCGAUGCCUAUCAGGAGACCUGGAACCAACAGGAAUAUACUUACGCGCCCGUGGCGUGUGACCGGGAGCAAUGGGAAUGGGGAGAGUGGGGCGAGUGGGCGCAGCAGGUGGCGGUCAAAGAGGAGGCUGAGGACCAUGCCGGAGUGAACGCAGAACUUCGAUCCCCGAGCCGCAAGGAGCGUACAGCGUUCACGAAAGCCCAAGUGAAGAGUCUCGAAGCGGAGUUCGCGCGAGCCAACUAUCUUACGAGACUGCGACGGUAUGAGAUAGCCGUGGCCUUGCAUCUCACCGAGAGACAGGUGAAAGUGUGGUUCCAGAAUAGAAGGAUGAAGUGGAAACGCACCAAGGGCGCUGCGAAGUAUACGAAGAAGAAAGACUAAGGAUUUCGUACACUAUAAUAUUCCACAGCUUUGCCCAACGCUUCACAGUAACUAAUGUGUCAGACGGACGGACAAACGGACAGAGGGCACCAUAAUACACACAGAUAGGAAUGUUGAAAAAAAAAGUGAGACAUUCGAGUAAAAAUAAUAAUCUGUAACUAUUUUAGAGUUAUUUCGCUUUUAGUGAACUCUGAAGCGAUGGCAAAGCUAUGUUCAUUCAUAAGGGUAAAGUUACUUUAGUGCGUUUUCACAUUAUCCGAUCCGAUAUCGGAUGUCGGACCGAUAUCCCAUACAUCACAGGCGCCAUCUUGGAUUUUUUCCAUUGAAAUCCUUCCGACUUCCGAUAUCGGAUCGGAUAA